AUGACUAAGAAAGCACUCGUUCUUUUGGCUGAUGGUGUCGAAGAGAUGGAAUUCUCUACUCCAGUGGACGUACUUCGACGCGCUGGUGUGGAGGUUACUGUGGCCGGUGUUCAACUCAAGAACUCCAUCUUUGCCCAAGGCAGUCGUAAGAUCAACAUUGUACCAGACGUUGUAUUCGAAGAGCAAGGUGUUAAAUGGGAUGCUGAUAGCUUUGACGCUGUGAUUUGCCCAGGUGGUAUGGGUGGUGCGUUGACACUCAAAGACAACGAGGCUGUGCAGCGUUUGGUUCUCAAGUACUACAAGGAAGGCAAGAUCGUCUCUUUUAUUUGCGCAGGCACUCUUGUUGCAUUGUCGUCAGGUCUCCCUGCCGAAGUUACUGUUACGUCUUAUCCCAGCGUCAAGGAUCAGCUCACACAACAUUUCAAGUAUUCCGAGGAGCGUGUGGUAGUCGAUAAGAAUGUCAUCACGAGUCGAGGUCCGGGUACUGCAUUCUUGUUUGCUUUGACAUUGGCAGAGCAUUUGGCUGGCAAAGAGGUGGCAGAGAAGCUCAAGAAGGACAUGUUGGCUGCCCCCACACUCUAA